AUUGCUUCAGGUAUGAGCACAAGCAUUCUGAGACUUCUGCUUUGUGGGUUUCAACCUCAUUAUUUUUUUCUCUAAAAUGAUUUCUCAAAUCACAUAAACAUAACAAUGCGAAGAAGAAAAUAAAUAGGGGCGUAUCAACACCUGACAGAAACUAGUGAGAUGUAACUGGGAGCCAGAAACAUGCCCAGACAUGGUGAAGUCUAAGCAUGCAGAUAAGCUCUGUUUUGCCCACACCCACGUCAGACACAAGACAGCUUCAGAGAGCUACAGAACACUGGAUCUCUGCGUAACUCACUGCAGAAAAUCUUCACAAUGUUCCUUGCUAAAGCAUUGCUGAGUGGAGGAAGUGGAGGAAGUGGUAGUGGUCGUGGAGGAAGCCUUGCACGUGGCCUUGGAGGGCUCCUGACAGGAGGUGGAGGUGCAGGGAAUAUUGCAGGGCUUGUUGGAGGUCUUGUCAACCUUAUAAGUGAAGCGGCAGCUCAGUAUAAUCCAGAGCCACCUCCACCUCCUCGCAAUCAUUUUACAAAUGUGGAAGCUCAGGAGAGUGACGAGAUCAGACAGUUUCGCCGCCUGUUUGCCCAGCUGGCUGGAGAUGAUAUGGAAGUGUGUGCCACCGAGCUAAGGGACAUCCUGAACAAAGUCCUUUCCAGACACCAAGACCUGAAGGCGGAUGGCUUCAGCUUGGACACCUGCCGUAGCAUGGUCGCCGUCAUGGACAGCGACACAAGCGGCAAGCUGGGCUUUGAGGAGUUCAAGUACCUGUGGAACAACAUCAAGAAGUGGCAGUGCGUGUACAAGCAGUUCGAUGCUGGUCAGUCAGGCGCUGUCGGGAGAGCCCAGCUGCCCAGCGCCUUGCAGGCUGCGGGGUUCCAGCUGAACGAGCAGCUGUGCCGGGUGGUCGUGCGCAGGUACGCCGCCGAGGACGGCAGCAUGGAUUUCAACAGCUUCAUCAGCUGCCUGGUGCGGCUGGACAGCAUGUUCCGGGCCUUCAAGUCCCUGGACCAAGAUGGAAGUGGGCACGUCAGAGUGACCAUUGAAGACUGGCUGCAGCUGACCAUGUAUUCGUGA